CCACACCAGCAGAGAGAAACACUGAUCUAACACACUACUGUACACCUCUCAGCUGACAACUCUAUUGUUACAAGGAUGCAGGCAGAGGAAUACAAUCGUAGAGGUAAAGAGAUGGUGGAUUACAUCACUAGGUACCUGACCACCAUCAGAGAGAGGAAGGUGACUCCAGGCCCAGAGGUGAAGCCUGGCUAUAUGAGAGAGCUGCUGCCAGACAGCGCCCCCACUGACCCGGAGGACUGGGACUGUAUCUUCAGGGACAUAGAGAAGGUCAUCAUGCCUGGGGUGGUCCACUGGCAGAGCCCCUACAUGCAUGCGUACUACCCAGCCCUGACCUCCUGGCCCUCCAUGUUAGGAGACAUGCUGGCUGAUGCCAUCAACAACAUCGGAUUCACCUGGGCCUCCAGCCCGGCGUGUACAGAGCUGGAGAUGAACGUGAUGGACUGGUUGUGUAAAGCCCUUGGUCUCCCCACCUUCUUCCUCCAUCACCACCCAGACAGCACCGGAGGAGGAAUACUUCAGAGCACAGUGAGUGAGAGUAGUCUGGUAGCUCUGCUGGCUGCCAGGAAGGCCAGGAUCCAGCAGCAGAAGAGGACAGAUCCAGCAGACAGAGACCUGGACGACUCAGUGGUCAACUCCAGACUGGUGGCCUACGCAUCAGACCAGGCUCACUCCUCAGUGGAGAAGGCAGGUCUGAUCUCCCUGGUGAAGAUCAGGUUCCUCCCUCCAGACGACCACUUCUCCCUGAGAGGAGACACUCUGAAACAGGCCAUCCAGGAGGACAGGAGGAGAGGACUGGUACCUGUCAUGCUGUGUGCCACUCUGGGGACCACGGGGGUGUGUGCCUUCGACGACCUGUCAGAGCUGGGACCAGUGUGUGCAGAGGAAGGUCUGUGGCUGCAUGUGGAUGCAGCGUACGCCGGCUCAGCGUUCCUCUGCCCUGAACUGAGAGGACCUCUGGGGGGUAUAGAGUACGCUGACUCCUUCGCAUUCAACCCUUCCAAAUGGAUGAUGGUCCACUUCGACUGCACUGCCUUCUGGGUGAAGGACAAGUACAAGCUCCAACAAACCUUCAGUGUCGACCCUGUCUACCUCAGACACGAAAACUCAGACCAAGCCACCGACUUCAUGCAUUGGCAGAUCCCCCUGAGUCGACGGUUCCGCUCUCUGAAGCUGUGGUUUGUGAUGCGCUCCUUCGGUCUGAAGAACCUUCAGGGACACAUCAGACAUGGUGUAGAGAUGGCUAAGCUACUGGAGUCCCUGGUUAGAUGUGACCCUAACUUUGACAUGCCUGCUGAGAGACACCUUGGCUUGGUGGUCUUCUGUCUCAAGGAAGGGAAUGCCCUGACUCAGGAGUUGCUACGGCGACUGACGCGGUCCGGCACCAUGUACCUUGUCCCCGCCGACAUCGAUAGGAAACGCAUCAUCCGCUUCACCGUGACGUCACAGCUGACCACCUCAGAGGACAUCAUCAGGGACUGGAACAUCAUUCGCAAAAUGGCCGCCGACCUUCUGGCCGAGGAUGCUGAAAAACAGGCAGUCAGUAAAAUGGAGGAGCAGCAGUCUCCAGUCAGAAAAACUGUUGAGAAGCUGUCAGAGACAAACAGUGAUUCGGAGAAUCACACAACAACAGCAGCAGAGGGCUUGGCUGCCUCUCUCAUGACUAGGAAACCAAAGGAGAUUGAAAAGGCAAUCAGUCACACAGAGGAUGAAACACUGAAAACACCCAAAAAGCAAGAGACCGGCCCGACACAGACCAGCCCCAAGACAGGAUCCAAAGAGCUGGAGGCUGGCCAGACACAGACCAGCCCCAAGACAGGAUCCAAAGAGCUGGAGGCCGGCCAGACACAGACCAGCCCCAAGACAGGAUCCAAAGAGCUGGAGGCUGGCCAGACACAGACCAGCCCCAAGACAGGAUCCAAAGAGCUGGAGGCCGGCCAGACACAGACCAGCCCCAAGACAGGAUCCAAAGAGCUGGAGGCCGGCCAGACACAGACCAGCCCCAAGACAGGAUCCAAAGAGCUGGAGGCCGGCCAGACACAGACCAGCCCCAAGACAGGAUCCAAAGAGCUGGAGGCCGGCCAGACACAGACCAGCCCCAAUACAGGAUCCAAAGAGCUAGAGGCCAGCCCCAAGACAGGACUCAGAGAGCUAGUGACCAGCCAGGCCCAGACCAGCCAGGACCCAGAGACAGGAGCCAGAGAUGGCCCUAAAGAGAUCCCCUGUACUGCUGCCUUCAGAGUUCAGAGGGUCCAACCACAGCUCCGCUUGGACAGUGAUAAGACUGGAUUUAGACCACAACCACCAUUCUGGAUGGAUAAAGAAAAGUCUGGGUCUGAGAACAGGCCGAGGAGGACAGUACGCUCUCUGAGCUGCAGCAGUGAGCCCUUACCUGGCCCCAUUGGGCCCCUGUUUAGUCAUAACACUGAUCCCCUUUCUAAGCCUCUCUCUAGCUCUGUCACGGACUCGCAGCCUGGACAUAAAGACCCAGACCUCAUCCACCCCCUAAAUGACACCCAGCUCAGGCGUCUCUCCUCAGGCCCAAGCCCCUCAGGCCUCUUUCAGAUCCCAGAGUGGCCUUCUCCAACCAAUUCCAACCAGCUGGGAAAACGGGUCCUGAGGAAGCUCACCAAGUUCUACAGCUUGCCCAGUUUCUGCCACCUGUGGGUGCAGUGUGGGCACUACCAGGUGUGCUGCCCUGUCAGGGGACUUCAGAUUGCCCCAAAGCUCAGAUCUCCCCAAAUCCCUGGUCCUCCUCUGGGUGUAGGAGACUCAGCUGUUGGUCUUGUUCCUCUGUGACUACAAUAGAUACCACUAACUUUCCUGCUCUACUGUAGCCAAGGUUAGCUCCUGGGUCGUAUUCAUUAGGCACACCGUAGCAACAUGUUUUGCAAUGGAAAAUUAAUGUUUCUUAUUGUACAAGUUCAGGUAGUCCCACCUUGAUCCAAUCCGUUUUCUUCCAUUUGGUGCCCGAUGCAUACGACCAUGUAGUCUCCCUACCAACUGUUUCCCACAAACACCAUUGUGAUUUUAGGGUGCAGAGAUGGCAGAGCUCUGAAGCCUUUUAUUUAUUCUUUUUUUUAUCAGAUAUCAUUUUUUUAAGUGACACAGUCACACAUCUCAGAUAGAUACACAAUAUGUCUUUAGUAUUUAUUACAAAAUCAAUCUAGAUUUAUUUAUUUAAUAAUGUUCCAUAAUUUUUUUUUUUUCUAUAGUCAUAAAAUGCACUAAAUGUGGUCUUGGUCAAAACACUUGGUCUUUGACAUUAGUAUUUUGCUCCCUUUCAUUUAAACACAUCAGUGAAUAAUUUGACAGUUAAUUUUAAAAUAAGAGAUUAACAGUUAGAAAAUCUGUAAAAGAAAAUCAAUCAUAAGUGUAUCUUUCCAUCAGAAAUAGACUGGUACAUCUCCUGUGUCAUGGGGACGUAUCCCUUACUGUCCUCCAGGAAGUAUAAUUGAUCCUGCA